AUGACAUUUCCAUUUUGGUUGAAAGAUUUGGAAGAAAUCGAAAAGAAUCCAAUAAAAGUGAUACUUCCGGCCAACUCAUUCGUCCUAUUCAUGGGUCAUCUGAUUCAACACAGCCAUUCAAACAAACACGAACAUUCCUCGAGAAGGAGGAAAAAUGAGGACACGCGAGCACAUUUGGAAAUUAUUAAGUCCUCAAAUCCCUUGCAUCCGAAGGGCUGUGACAUGACACCUCUCCACACCAGUGAUCCAUUACGGAAUAAUGAAAAAUAA